AUGAUUUGGCCUACAGCUCUGCUGUGCCUAGUAGCAAUCUUUCGACUUGUCGAUGGCUGCAAGUCGAUAGCGGUGGUGCCGGGACUCCCUCGCGGGAAGAUGUCACUGGGAGAACCACAAACACAAGGUGAAGAGGUCAAGUUGAUCUUUGAUCUGCUGGAUGUUGAUCACAGCGGCAAAAUCGAUGCUGAUGAAAUGAAGAGAGUUCUGCUCUCGCUCAGCUUCAGCCCAGACAGCGUUCAGACCCUCAUUGAUCAGUUCGACAAGAACAAGGAUGGCGAGCUUUCCAUCAUCGAGUUCUGGAGUUGGGUCAACGGCCACGACGGCAGGCAGACGGGUGACUUUCGCCCUCAGUUGCUGGACAUGGCUGUUGCCGAAAACAAGCGAAAGAUCCACGAAACCGAGGAGCUCUGCAACGGAAAGAUGCCGAAGAGGCCAAAGCAGCCGAAGAGGCAUCGAAUCUUGUCGGAUCAUGUCACCUGCCAUAACGUCUUUGCGAAGGCAAGGAGACAAGAGGUGCGAUCCGUGUCGUUAAUGUUUCCUUGUGAGGAAGAUUUCGUCAGACAGAAGAUGGAGGCUGGUUUCUCCAGAGCUGUUGCGGAGGAAUUGUACAGCAAAUGUGACCAAGACCGGGACGGCGAAGUGAACUACCAGGACAUCGGAUGGCUUGUGUCAGACAACUUGGCCACCGUGGACCAAGUGAGACAGACGUACCAGAAAGGGGUGCAGAAGAAGGAAGAGGACAUCAGCUGGAGCGACGACUGGAAAUCCGAAGUCUCCAAACUCCUGAAACGGCGCGGUUUCAAAGAGGAGGAGGAAGGCUUGAAAUAUCAUGCCACGAAUGCGGCUGGAGAGUCCAUCGCUCUAAGAGAGAUUCUCAAGGACAAGACUGCAUCUCUGGACAGCAAGCACUUUCCCAUCACGCUCCAUUUGCAGGCCUCGAACGUGACUGUCGUGGAUUGUGACGACAGGGGCCUCGAUCAGCUCGUUCUUUCCUCGGAGUCUGACCGAGACUUCCAUCCCGUCUGCUGCCCUGCAAAGGUCGACACCUUCUUGGCUUGGGACAAGGAUGGAAAUGGAACGGUUUCUACAGAGGAGAUGGGCCAGGUUCUGAAGCAGGUGAACCCCAAGUUCACAGAGGUCACUCUCAAAAGGAUCUUCGCAGAGAUUGACGUGAAUAACGAUGGAGUCAUUGACCUGCAAGAAUUCGUCUCCUGGCUCUCCGGGGAGAACCUGAAGACGGGGAAGAAAAAGAAGAAGAUGAAAAAGAAAGCCAAGGCGGAGCAGGAUGCAAAAAUUGCGCAGACUCUGCAACGCAACUGGCCUGAAAAGCAUUUUCAAGCCUUGAGUCCUUUCGUCGUGCCCUGCGCCCAGGAAAGGGUGCAGAACACCUGCGCCAAUGACAGCGUCAGCUCUGGGGAUGACCUGGCCGUUUUAGCCCCUCUUCCUUCUCAACUGCUCUGGGUCCGAGGGGGGGCUGCCUUGCAUCUGCCGCUUGGCUUAGAUUGCGGUUACGGUGAGUUGGAUGCCCUACAUGAGGAUAUGCUGGCAAUCGGCAAAAGCUUGGGGCUGCCGAUGCAUAUGGUGCAGGAGGUGCAGGCCAAGCCGGCCAAGGACGAGGACAUUGUGGAGCUGCCAUCCAGCGAGGUUGAAGAGCUCCACACGAUGCUGGUGGAGAUUUGCAAAAGCUUGGGCCUUGAGGACUUGGUGAUGGCAGAGCAGGCCGCAAAUGAGACGGCUGGUCGCCACGAUCCCACCGAUGACCGUGGUGAGAUGCCCGAGACGUGCACCCAGCUUCCGAAGAAGGCCAUCUUUUUGAACCGAUGUGCUGAAGCCGACUGGUGGGCUUGGGACCGAUUCCCAUGA